CAAUACUUCCGGGUUGGCGUUGCAGUGGCGCUUCCGACUGUGGGAGCCUCGGCUUCCCAGUCGUCCGAUGAGCCCGAGCAGCACCAGAAAAGUGCCACUGUAAGCCAUGAGAUGUCUGGUCUGAAUUGGAAACCCUUCGUAUAUGGCGGCCUUGCCUCUAUUGUUGCUGAGUUUGGAACUUUCCCUGUGGACCUGACUAAAACGCGACUUCAGGUUCAAGGCCAAAGUAUUGAUGUCCGCUUCAAAGAGAUAAAAUACCGAGGAAUGUUUCAUGCCUUGUUCCGAAUCUAUAAGGAAGAAGGUGUAUUGGCUCUGUAUUCGGGAAUCGCUCCUGCUUUACUGAGACAGGCAUCAUAUGGCACCAUUAAAAUUGGCAUUUACCAGAGCUUGAAGAGAUUAUUUGUAGAACGUUUAGAAGAUGAAACUCUUUUAAUUAAUAUGAUAUGUGGGGUAGUGUCAGGAGUGAUAUCUUCCACUAUAGCCAAUCCCACCGAUGUGCUAAAGAUUCGAAUGCAGGCUCAAGGAAGCUUGUUCCAAGGCAGCAUGAUUGGCAGCUUCAUUGAUAUAUACCAACAAGAAGGUACCAGGGGUCUGUGGAGGGGUGUUGUCCCAACUGCUCAGCGGGCUGCCAUCGUUGUGGGAGUAGAGCUACCAGUCUAUGACAUUACGAAGAAGCACUUAAUAUUGUCAGGGGUGAUGGGAGACACAAUCUUAACUCACUUUGUUUCCAGCUUUACGUGCGGCUUGGCUGGGGCUCUGGCUUCCAAUCCAGUUGAUGUGGUUCGAACUCGCAUGAUGAACCAGAGGGCAAUUGUGGGACAUGUGGACCUCUACAAGGGCACUUUGGAUGGUAUUUUAAAGAUGUGGAAACAUGAGGGCUUUUUUGCACUCUAUAAAGGAUUUUGGCCAAACUGGCUUCGACUUGGACCCUGGAACAUCAUUUUUUUUAUUACGUACGAGCAGCUCAAGAGGCUUCAAAUCUAAGGACUGAAUUAUAUGUGAGUCAAGCCCUGCCAACCUUUCUACUCUUCUUUUCCCUUUUUCUGUGUUCUAAUGUAUUUUGACAAAGUUGUAAGUGCUUACUGAACCAUUGGUCUCCCAAGGCCCUCCUGAUGGAAGAACGAUAGGAUGGUUCAAAAUUGCUCAUGUGUUUGUGUUGCCAUGUGAACUUUUCCCUGAGAGGAAGUAUUAACAUUGAGACUCUGGCCCCAGAUUGGUAUCUUCUGUGAAGAUGGAUACUGAUGGAUGACACUCAAAAUGACCUUCUCUUCAAAUGUGGGUUAAAUGUAGUUUGUUAGCCCCAGACUUGGGCUAGAGCAGAAGGCAUAGGCCAGGGCAGUUACUGCUAUUUAUGUUACAGACCUCGGUUCUCAUUAAAGUAUUU